AUGAAGCUGCUCUCACCUACGCUGCUGUUGACGUUUCCUACCUUAAUCUUAGCACUUCCUUCGGUCACCGUUGACGCUGGUACCAUACACGGUGGAAAGUGCAAAGAUGGGAAAAACGCAGUCUACUACAUAGGAAUUCCUUUUGCUGAGCCUCCCGUCGGAAAACUUCGAUUUGAGCCUCCCAAAGUAUACAGUGGAAAAUAUGACAAUGGGGCACUGAAUGCAACGGCCCCUGCCGCCACCUGCAUUCAGUUUGGGGAUGACAUGGUACCACCGGGGACGAAGUCUGAGGACUGCCUUUACCUCAACGUUUGGACUCCAGCCAACGCCACUAAAACGUCGAAGCUGCCUGUUAGAAUUUGGGUAUACGGUGGAUCCGACAUGAGUGGUGGAAUUGACUACUCUCUAUAUGACGGCUGCAGUAUUGCAGAUGCAGGCUCGGUUUUCGUCUCCAUUAACUAUCGACUCGGGCCUCUCGGCUUCCUGGCACUGCACAGUGCAGGGAUAUAUGGCAACCAAGGAAUUCAAGAUCUUCUGCUUGGACUAGACUGGGUUCAAAGGGAGAUUUCUGCUUUCGGAGGUGAUCCGGACAAGGUGGUUCUCACCGGGCAGUCAGCCGGAGCGACAGACGUGUACACUGUUGCUACUCUUCCUCAAGCACCUUCUCUAUUCAAGAGUGCUAUUAUAGAGUCUAUCGCCUUACCUUCGCUCUUGACCAAUUCAACAGUUCAACAAACCGGUGCAUCAUAUGCACAAACUCUUCGAUGCAGCGUUCGUGAUAAAUCCUGUCUUCAGUCCAAGACAACAGCUGAUCUACAGAGUGCAGUCGACUCUGAUAGACAGCUACACGAGGGGCUUGGAGCUCUGAAUGGUCUUGGUGUUCUCAAUAGGAACACGCCCCACUUUUGGCCUUAUGUGGACGGUACUGUUGUCAGUGAGAAUCCAGCAACCCGUGGUAUACAGGUUCCGACAAUCUUUGGAUAUAAUCAAAGAGAAGGCAUGAUGGAUACUCUCACAAAAUAUGACACUACGAAGGCUGUCGCAGCCCUCACAGCAGCCGAUUAUACGUCUUUUCUCCGCGGAAACUGGGGCUCCGCUGCUCAUAUUAUCCAAAAGUAUUAUCCUUUGUCUUUGUUUGAGGCUGCUACCAACGGUUCAACCUCGCUGGCUGUGCUUUUCGCCAUAUCAACUGUCAUCACGGAUUCCGAGUUCAAAUGUUCCGGUUACCAGAGUGCAGUGCAAGCGACUCGAAAAAACGUGCCGGCAUGGAUUUAUGAAUUCACCCAUAAUUCUACUUGCGUAUGGCUGGAUACAAUGCCUCAGUCGGCAAUAUCAAUCUUUGGCGCCGCUCACACCGCUGAAAUUCCAUACGUCUUUGGAAAUCUUGACUUCGAUUUUCCUACCCAGAACACUACUUGCACCGGGUCGCAACCGGAAUGGAACCUCAGCAAGGAGAUGAUGAGUUUGUGGACGGCAAUGGCAGAGAGUGCCAAGCCAUCUACUGGAGAUAUCUCUUGGCCGGCGUUCAAAGUUACCCCAAAGGGUCUGAACACGCCUGGAAUGAUAUUCGGCAAUUCGAGUACACCUGGCACUAUUGACUUCUCUGCUUGCAACAUUUGGGCCCAGGUUGAUGCAAUUGUGGAUGCGGGCAACGCUACGACCACAUCAGUACCUUCCAGUAGCAGUACCAGGUCAUCAGUUUCGCCGACUAAUGGCGCUACGAUCAUUUUUCCAUCGACUAUGAUGUUCGCUGCUUGGUGGUUGUUUGUGAUUGUAGCGUCUAUGGCUGUCUAA